UAUUGACUUGAUAAUUGUUACCAGCAAUUUAUUAUUAUUAACUUUUUAAAAAAAAAUGAGUUUCAGAAAAAAAAAAAACUUCUGAUUAUUAUUUGUUUAUUAUUAUUAUUAUUAUUAUUUUUUUUUUUAAGAAAAAUCAACAAAACUUUGAAAGAAACAAGCCAGCUGUAGAUAACGAGCUGAGCCAUCUAUGAUGCAUUGAAGAAUGGACAAGUUCAUAAUCAAAAUCGAAGGGCUUAAGAGAGAAAGAGCCAAAGAGAGUAUAAAACGUUGAGCGAAAGGGCGGGACCAGGCUGCCAUUAAUGCAAUCCUUUCCAUCUCACCUUCCUUUUUUAUCGGCUUUCUCAGCCUUCAAUAACAACCAAACCUUACCAGAAAGGCGAAAUAAAGCAACGUAACUUGCUCUGUCUGCCUCUUCUGGAAGAGUUCAAAAGGGUAAUUUGGUUGUUUUUCAUUGGGUGGUUUCAAUGGGGAUUUGCUUAAGCGCACAAAUCAAAGCUGACAGCACAUAUAAAACAGGGGUUAGCUCAAAAUAUGUUACUAGUGAUGGAAAUUCUAGCAGUACAAGUACUAGCAGCAAGGUUUCAUCAGUUUCAGUUCCAAGGACUGAGGGGGAGAUAUUGCAGGCUACCAAUUUGAAGAGUUUCAAUCUUGCUGACCUCAAAAUGGCCACCAGGAAUUUUCGCCCUGAUAGCGUUUUAGGGGAAGGUGGUUUUGGUUCAGUUUACAAGGGGUGGAUUGAUGAGAACUCUUUCACUGCUACAAAGCCUGGGACUGGCAUGGUUAUUGCUGUGAAAAGGCUUAAUCAGGAUGGUUUUCAAGGUCAUAAAGAGUGGUUGGCGGAAGUGAACUAUUUGGGACAGUUUUACCACCCUCAUCUGGUGAAAUUGAUUGGUUAUUGCUUGGAAGAUGAACACAGGCUUUUGGUCUAUGAAUUCAUGCCACGAGGUAGCUUGGAAAAUCAUUUGUUCAGAAGGGGUUCUUAUUUUCAGCCUCUUUCUUGGAAUCUUCGUCUAAAGGUUGCCCUUGGUGCUGCAAAGGGGCUUGCUUUUUUGCACAGCGCAGAAACUAAAGUGAUAUACCGAGAUUUCAAGACGUCUAACAUACUUCUUGACUCGAACUACAAUGCAAAGCUAUCAGACUUUGGGUUGGCCAAGGAUGGGCCAACAGGUGACAAAAGCCAUGUCUCCACCAGGGUGAUGGGAACCUAUGGAUAUGCUGCACCCGAAUAUCUAGCCACUGGUCACCUGACUGCAAAGAGUGAUGUAUUCAGUUUUGGAGUUGUGUUAUUAGAAAUGUUGUCUGGCCGAAGAGCAGUUGACAAAAAUCGACCAUCGGGAGAACACAACCUAGUGGAAUGGGCUAAACCCUAUCUGGCAAACAAGCGGAAGAUCUUCCGAAUCUUGGACAACCGUCUUGAAGGCCAGUACUUGAUGGAAGUAGCUCAUAAGGCAGCUACACUUGCAUUGAGAUGUCUAUCAACUGAAGGCAAGUACAGGCCGAACAUGGACGAGGUUGUAACAGCUUUGGAGCAGCUUCAGAGUUCCCAGGAAACUGUUAGCAACCAGAAUAAUUCAAGCAACGAAUCCAGGACAAGGACUCGUAGACGAAGUGCGGAUGAUGUUAGCAGUAAUAAAAAGAAGAUAAACAGUUCUUAUCCUCGGCCUUCUGCCUCCUCACUCUAUGUUUAGAAAUGAAGUAUGAAGAAAUUUACUAGAUAUAUAUGGUUUUCCUUUGCUCAGUUGAAAGAAAACACAAAAGAAGCCAAAGAAGCUGGUAUGCAAACACUGUCAUGAACAACACACAUACACGUAUAUUCUGCCUUGCGGCUGUACAGUUUCUUACGUCAAAUUAAUAUAAUCAAAAGCCAUGUUUGAGGCAGUCUUCUUGAACUUGUAACAUAGCAAUGGCUCACCUCAUAAUGCUGUACGUCUUUUGUUUCUUUUAUUUUUUUACCAAUUGCUUUUGAGGAAAUAGAAGGGGCAAUUGUUUUGUAUCGUCACUAUUGUUUAAUAACCUCUUAUUUUUCCAGUCUGGGGUUCUUCUAUGAACAAUGCAUGUCUUUUUUUCA